AUGAGGUGUUGUGCGGGGUGGAAGCUAGCUCAAGAAUUUGUGCAGGUUGUCCUAAUAGCAGCGUGCCUAAUCGCAGAUGCCGUCAUCGACUGUUUUGGAGGCUGCUGUGCAACAGGAAAACCACAACAGUCUGGAAAGCGGGGAAUUCCAGUGAUCAGCCAGAUCGCGGCGCAGACGUUCUGCGCGUGUCCGAAAAUCCUGCAUCCGGUAUGCGGAUCUGACGGACGUACGUACUCCAACGAAUGCCUGGCAGAAUGUGCCGGAGCCGCUGUUUUAUGUAAUGGGAACUGUCCUUGCAUGAGCGGAUGAACGGACCCCACUUACUGUACAAUUUGCCUCCUUCCUCCUUUGAAGCAUUUAUGUAUCAAACGGCCAUACUUUCUUGCUGGCGCUUAUUUUCGCAUGUACAGUUGUUUCUUUCCUUUCUGUUCUCAUUCAGAUUGUGUACAUACAGUAAUUUGCUGCCGAUUUCUAAAUUGAUUUGUGUACAGACAAACAAGAAUCAGUGUGCAGCAAUGAUUCAAGUGCAAGUACAGAGUGUAAUUAUACAUGCUGAUGCAAAUACGAAGUGCGUGA